AUUUAUUCUUCCUCGAGUUUAAUUAAAAUAUUUAAAUGAAGAGCUCAUGUAUUUUUAAGACUGGCAACAGAUGUAAACAUCAGUGGAAAAUCAGUACGCCGUUUUUAUGGCGUUUGGUAAAUGCAUGCUCUGCGUGUUUUCUCUGGUUUGGUUAAUUAGUCACAGGACAUGUAUAGGCACAGAAACGAGCGACACCGUCCAUGGCCAUGGACUCGUGACGCAAAAUGUUAUCAACAAUGAUCAAUCGUCAAGCAAGUUUCCAGCCGAUUACAAUCCCAAAGUAUAUGCUUUCGUGGGAACCUUUUUAGUUGGUCUCACUGGUGUGUUUCCUUUGCUCGUCAUAUCGGUUGAAACGGGGCAGAAGUUAAGCGAAGGAGUGUCUGCUGACAGACUCAAGUUGUUGUUAGGUUUUGCAGUGGGAGCAUUGCUGGGUGAUGUAUUUCUUCAUCUUUUACCAGAAGCAAUUGCUUUAAGUAGCCCAGAGAGUGUUCACAAAGAUACUGUGAACAUUGGUAUAUGGGUCCUUGGCGGUUUGCUUUCUUUUUUAAUUCUGGAAAAAGUAUUUCAACAAAAGGAUACACUGAAAACAGAAAAUGAACAAGCUGAAAAUAGCAAAAUCAAAGAGGAUCCCCAAAUUCAUGAUCAAACUUGCAAUGGUGAAAGUAGAGUAGCCAAUGGAUAUACAAGAAAAAAUCAUGAUGAUGAUAUUAGGAAAAGAAUUCUUCGCAAUUCAAAUGACAUUGGUGAAAGUAAAACACAUUCAUAUAAAGAAGAUACACCUGUAAUUGAAGUAGGAAACAUUCAGAUUGAAGGCUACCUUAAUCUAUUUGCUAACUGUGUGGAUAACUUUACUCAUGGGCUUGCAGUAUCUGGAAGUUUUCUUGUUAGUCAAAAGGUUGGAUUGCUAACAACAUUUGCUAUUCUACUACAUGAAAUUCCUCAUGAGAUUGGAGAUUUUGCAAUACUUUUGAGAGCGGGUUUACGCCGAAAGGAUGCUGCUUUUGGUCAGCUUUGUACGGCAGCUGGGGGUUUAAUAGGUGCUGCAGUUGGUUUGUUUUCAAAUGGCACUCAAUGUGGUGUCAGUUUCAUUUUACCAUUUACAUCGGGUGGUUUUAUUUAUAUUGCAUUGGUCACAAUAAUUCCUGAUUUACUGGAGGAGCAAAGACCAUGGGAAUCUUUUAAACAACUUGUAUCUUUAAUUGCUGGUAUAACUUCAAUGGGCUUGGUGUCAUUAAUACACUAACACACAUCAAUAUACAUACAUAAAAUAAACUUUGUAAAUUACUAGAAUGCUAACAGUUGUGAACUAUAAUGUCUGAUUAUAUUUUAUAUGUAACUUUGUCAUAAUUGCAUAGCAACAUGUACAUUUAUUUUAUUGUCAAACUGGCACAAUUAAUACUGUGACUUACUGAAAGAAGCACUAUCACAUAGGAACUGGCGUAUUCAAUAACUCCAACUAUGCAAACGUUAGUUUUUCUAUUUCCAAACCCAAUUAGUUUCCAAAGAAAUAAAAAAGCACCAAUGCUUGGUAUUGUUAUUGCCAGACUAAAA